CGGGGCCGGGCGGCGCCGGUGCGGGCCGAGGCGGCGGCGGGUAGCGGUCUAGUGUGGCCGGCUGCGCCUCCUCGCGCGGUUCCUGUGGCAGGCUCGGGCUGGUAGGCUUGCCCCUCGCCAUGGACUCCCAGAAGGAAACUCUACGAAGGAUCAUUUCAACUCUGGCGAAUAAAAAUGAUGAAAUUCAGAACUUUAUUGAUACACUAAAUCAUACAUUAAGAGGAGUUCAGGAAAAUUCUUCUAACAUACUUUCAGACUUAGAUGAAGAAUUUGAUAGUUUGUACUCUAUAUUGGAUGAUGUAAAAGAAAAUAUGAUUAGUAGUAUCAAGCAGGAACAAGCUCGUAAAUCACAAGAGUUACAGAAUCAGCUUAGUCAAUGUAAUAAUGCCCUGGAGAAUUCUGAAGAAUUGCUAGAAUUUGCGACAAGGUCCUUAGAUAUACAGGAACCUGAAGAAUUUUCAAAGGCUGCCAGACAGAUCAAGGAUAGAGUCACAAUGGCUUCAGCAUUUCGCCUUUCUUUGAAACCAAAGGUCAGUGACAGCAUGACUCAUCUAAUGGUGGAUUUCUCUCAGGAAAGACAGAUGCUGCAAACUUUGAAGUUUUUGCCAGUUCCCAAAGCUCCAGAGAUAGACCCAGUUGAAUGUUUGGUGGCUGACAACUCUGUAACGGUAGCUUGGAGAAUGCCAGAAGAAGAUAAUAAGAUUGACCAUUUCAUACUGGAAUAUAGAAAAACUAAUUUUGAUGGACUACCACGUGUAAAGGAUGAGCGAUGUUGGGAGAUAAUUGAUAACAUUAAGGGUACUGAAUAUACAUUACCAGGCUUAAAAUUUGAUUCAAAAUAUAUGAAUUUCAGAGUGCGAGCUUGCAACAAGGCUGUGGCUGGAGAAUAUUCUGAUCCAGUGACCUUAGAGACCAAAGCACUUAAUUUUAGUUUGGAUAACUCAUCAUCCCAUUUGAACCUGAAAGUUGAAGAUACCUUGGUAGAGUGGGAUCCUACUGGAGGAAAAGGUCAAGAAAGUAAAAUUAAAGGAAAAGAGAACAAGGGCAGUGUCCAUGUUACUUCACUGAAGAAACAUACAAGAAGUGGUACACCAUCCCCCAAACGGACAUCUGUUGGUUCCAGGCCACCAGCAGUAAGAGGCAGCAGAGACCGUUUCACAGGGGAAUCAUACACAGUGCUAGGAGACACUGCUAUUGAAAGUGGACAGCAUUAUUGGGAGGUCAAGGCCCAGAAAGACUGUAAAUCCUACAGUGUGGGAGUAGCAUACAAAACUUUGGGGAAAUUUGACCAGUUGGGAAAGACAAAUACUAGUUGGUGUAUCCAUGUCAACAACUGGCUACAAAAUACAUUUGCAGCAAAACAUAAUAAUAAAGUCAAAGCUUUGGAUGUUACUGUUCCGGAGAAAAUAGGUGUAUUUUGUGAUUUUGAUGGGGGUCAACUUUCUUUUUAUGAUGCAAAUUCAAAACAGUUGCUGUAUUCAUUUAAGACAAAAUUUACUCAACCAGUACUACCUGGUUUCAUGGUUUGGUGUGGUGGACUUUCUUUGAGUACUGGGAUGCAGGUUCCAAGUGCUGUGAGAACACUUCAGAAAAGUGAAAAUGGAAUGACAGGUUCAACUAGCAGCCUGAACAAUGUUACUCAGUAAUGCCUACUCAGAAUGUUUACCCUCCCUCUUGACUGGGUGGCCUUUUCUGUGCAGUUACCUAUCACAGAAAUUUGUGAGUGGUGGAAAUCAGGUUUGCUAUGUUCUGCUUUAAGGCCUGGAAUCUCUUUAGAUUAAGCAUCUAGUAUGAAGCAUUUGCAGGAAUCUACUGUGCAAUAUCAUAGAAGCAAGCAGUUCUGGAGCAAGAAACUCAUGUUUUGAAGAGUUAAUGGGAAAGAAGGCAGUGUUUAAAUAUUUACAUACAAACUCGUUAUUGUGUUUCUUAGAUUACUUUUGCUCUUCUAAACUGUUUAAUUGCAUAUGGUAAUCCUAGGACCUGAGGUUGAAAGGCUUUUAAAAUUUGCUUUUCUUUCUUCAUGCUUUCUUCAUGCUUUAUUUUUUCUAUCUCAUCACUACCUGUUAUUUAAUUCUUACACUAACUCUUUAAAAUUAUGUAGCCACUCCCCCACCAAGGUUUUCUAAAAAUCGAAAUCACUGAUUGGGGACAACAGAAGUUUUCUUACAAUGGUUUAUUUUUCCCUUUUUAUAAAUAAGUUGAGUUUUGCUAAAUUAGCCUAUUUACUUACUAGAUUGUAUAUCAUUUUCUACUUUCCAGAAUAUAUUGAUAUUUCUCUUAUAGUUAUAACUAUAAAUAGAGAGGGGAAAGGAAGAGUUUUAAAUGCUUAAAAUCACUCAAAUUUCAGUUUUGUAUGUACUAUAGUAACACAAUGGCAAAGGGUUUGCUCUGAUUAGACUACUUUUCAUUCCACCACUUUGAAUGUUGACUACAAUUUUUUAAAACCUUAUGUUUUCUGGUAUUGUUGUCUAAUUUAAUCCUACCUUUAGUAGUUAUCUUUGAUAAAAUUCCCACUCAAAUUUGGCACUGAUUAUAAUUAUGCUGAUUUUAACAUUAUUAAUAGGAAUGAAAGUUUUUAAAUAAGGUUAUAUAAAGGGUAGAAAAACCAUAUAGUACUUGGCUUUUAUCUAAAAAGGGCAGGUUACAAAGGGAGGUACCUAAAAGUAUUCUUUAGUAAUUAUAUUUUAAUAAGAUAUGGGAAAGGUUUAAACAACUGGAAAAAAUCUGCAUAUCUCUGACUUAAUUGGUGUGAGUUUUUCAACCAACCAUUCAGACGUUUUGAUUUUUUUUUCCCCCAUUAGUCCUUUUGCUAAAGUUAUUUAUUUCUUCUAAAAAUCAACAUAGACAUCUUUCCCAGACUUGGAGUGGGGGACAUAUGUUAAACAAUGAGUGGCAUUGAACAGAACAAAUCUAUUCUUAAAAAAUUGAUUAAAAUUUGUUACUCAAGUUGUUUGAGCCAAACUAAAAGUUAUAAUUACAGUAUUUAAGAAUUCCUUGAACAUUUGAAAUUAAAAUUUAUAUUUUCCUUAAUUUUUAAUUUCUUUCAUUCUCAUUUGAAAUAUCUUGUAAUAUGACAGCCUUCUUCCAGAAGUAACCUUUGUUGCUUACAUUUGAGUUGUUUUCUGUAUAAAGACCUGCCCUCUUAAAAUUUACUGCUUACUGAUAUGAUGCUUUGUUCCAUUGAUAAAAACAAAUCUAAACAAAGACUUCCAUUGACCUGGGGUAUUAUUUUUUUUCCAGAGGACAAAUAUCCACACUAUUUUCUAAUAACAUGUUGGUAGUUUUUUCUUUUUUUUUUUUUUAUUAUUGUAAACAAAUGGGAUACAUGUUGUUUCUCUGUACAUGGCAUAAAGGUAUACCAUUUGUGUAAUCAUAAAUUUACAUAGGGUAAUGUUGUUUGAUUCAUUCUACCAUUUUUUUCCCUUCCCCCCCACCCCUCCCCUCCCCAUGUUGGUAGUUUUAAAGACUGUAAGGCAGUUUAGAGAAUAAAGUAUGUAAUAGAUAGUAUUUUGAAUCUCCAAAUAUAAUUUUGGUUUUUGUUCCUUGUAUUUGUAAAGAAAUUUUUGGGUGUUCUGUUCCCUAUAAAGGGCUAUUCCAGGACCUAAAGAAACAGGAAUUUAUUCCCUUUCACACUCCAACUUGAGAGCAGUAAUUCAGUGGAGUGGCUCUAUGUGAAAAUCUCUGCACAGCAUAUUUUAGCAAAAAUGAAACAGAAAAAACAGAUGUUCUUGUAUAGAAUUUUUUUUACUCUUAUGUAUUAUAUAAUUCUUACUAAUUCAGUGCCUUUUGCCUCUAAGCAUGCUCUUGCUCCACACCUCAUGCAGUGUCAACUGAUAUUUAAGCCAGACAAAUUACAGUAGUGAGAGCCUUCUGUUGUAGGGCCAUGGGAAAAAUUAAAUAUUAAUUGGGCUGGAGAAGUGCAUAUGAUUCUUGUGUUCUGCCAUCAUUUGAGAAUUUGAAUACAAAUUUUUCUAAUAUUCUUUUAGAAAAUAUCCUAAUUUCACUGGGAAUUAAUUACUUAGCAGCUUUAUACUAAUAAAUUCAGUAAAUCUGGAGUCCUAAGUUCACGUCACAUGUAACAGUUGGUAUUAAAUUACACUAUCAUUACAUCAAAAUAAGAAUCUGAGGGUUUCCUUCUCUGCUGGGUCUCUCAAAUUAAAGAGCAAAGUGUGAAGUGUUUUAGUUUAAGAAUUUUUAAAUUUUAUUAGUUAAGGUGGAUGGAAAAAGUCUGUCAUCCUCAUUUUAAAACUAAAAAAUAAUUGAAUACAGUGCCUAUUUAAAUAGUCUCAAAAUAAGGUAACUAUUAACUUGAUAUAUUUAACAUUUUCAUUGAUGUUUGAGUUAUAAUGAGCUCUUUUGCUCAAUUUAAUACAUUAAGGAAAAUUGCUAACCACUUUUAAACAUCCUUUAUUGCUUUAUUUACCUUUUGUUUUGACAGGUCAAACAUGACUGCUUUCUACAAAAGAAAUGCAUGAGAGGUUGACUAUAAUGGAUAUAUCAAAGGUGUAAAAAAUUGUUUUAUAAAAACAUGCAUUUAGUAUUGCAUUUCCCUUUUACCAGUUGAAUUCCAAGCCAGUUGUAUUAAAUUGGAUAUAGAAAUGAAGGAGCUGCCUUAAGCACUUUAGAAAAAGAAUUUUUCUACAAUUCAUUUUGACAUUUGCAGCUAGUUACUAUAUGUCACAUACAUCUUUAAUAUGUAUAUACUAAGCAUUUAAUAACUAAUGCACAUAUUAAUUUAAUAUGUAGUAAUUAUUUGAAUGUUCCAAUAUAGGUGAACUAAUUAAAAGUAUUAGGGGCAUGUCUUGUCUGUACAUGGGUUUAAUUGCUGGCAUCUGUUCCAUUUUGACAAACCAUUAACUACUGCUAUACAGCUUAUCCUGUUCUGCAAACAGUAAUCGUUCCCUAUGCUAUAUAAAAUGACAUAUUAGCUUGCAUUUAUUUUCUUAUUUAUGAAAUUUAAGCAUGAACAGUAUCAUGUAUAAUUUGAAUUGUGACUGAUCUUUGGUGGCAUAAAUAAUAAAAGUAAAUAUUUGUGAUAAAAUCUUUUAAUUAGGCUAAGAUAUUUUAUUUCAUGAUUUACCUAGAAUAAUUAGGUUUUUUCUACAUAAUGUUUCAUAAAAUUAUAGCUAUUUGUGUAUUAUUAUUGCUUUUAAAAACAAUUUUGGAAAAGGAUAUAUGUAAAAAAUGAUUAUUCCAAAGAGUUUAAAAGAAAGUAUAGCAUCUUACUCUGAAAUAUGUAAUUUCAGGCUUAAAUAAAUUUGGCUAUUUUCAAAUCAUGAUAAUUUUUUAAAGAAUGUAUUUAUUAGAUCUGUGUUCAUUCACUCAUUGGCUAAUUCAUAAAACAAAUAUUUGAGUGUCUGUGAUAUGGCAGUCAAAAUUUUACUGCUUUACUUUGCAUUCACACUUCCAAAACUAGUGAAUUUUAAUUUAUUGUGUAGCUAGUUUUGCCUGUUUUGAGUAGUAUACUGAGACUGCAUUUUAAAAACAAUGUUUUGCUAAAAAGUCAGAAGUGUUAAAAAGUAAGUUUGUUAUAGCUUAUAAAAAGUUUAAAUGAAGUACAUAUAAUAUGGUUCACUUUCAUGUAAUCACAUAACAUAGAUCCAGAAAAGCUUCUUUCUUGAGUUUAUUUUUACACUAUAUACAGUCUUUCAGAGCAGUGUAUGGUCACUCUGUAUAGUAAGUAACCAUAAAAUUAUUUGUUAUUUUUAACCAAAAUGUACACUUCAUAAUGCCAGCACUGGAAUACUAUGAGAGAUCAUGUUUUCUUAAUCAUCAUAGCAAGAUUACCUCAUGUUCAUGGUAGUUUUAGUUUUGAGUUUUUUAACAGUAUUCACAUUUCUGCAAUUAUUUGUUAUUUUUUAUGUCACAUGAUAGCAGUUACCUGGGAUGUAUGAUUAACUUACGUAAGCAUUUUUAAUUAGUUGAGUUCUAAGUGGGAUACGUUUGGUAUCUGUUGUUUUCGUUUGAAGACAUUGUUGGACAUGCCAUAUAAAGGUUAGUAUUGGCUUGAUAAACAGAUACCAGAAAUUGCCAUGGUACUUUCUCUUCGGACCACCCAAUUAUUAAACUAAAAGUAUUUGUUAUUUCUGGUACUGACUUUUGAUUCAUAAUCAUUUAAGUUGUUUGUUUAAGGUGAUAUUUUUAUUAAUAGUACCCAGUUAAUAAGUUAGUCCUUAGGAAUAAACAUUUAGAGGAUUUCACAGUAUGUAGGGCAGAAGGUAGGUGAAUGUGUUUGCUUUGGCUUGGCACUUAAGUUUGGACUUAUUUAAAAUAAGUCAAAUUGUAAGUGAUUGGAAAAAGACAUUUUAUUAAUAUUGGAACUUUUUGGAGAGCACAGGAAUAUGAGAAUCCAUCUUUUUAAAUAUAUAUGUAUAUAAAACAUUUCCAAUAUCUCUAAGGUACCAAAGCACUUAGUCUAAUUCACCUAAUCUAAGGGAGACUCCUUAAAAUCAAAUUUAUAACUAAUUCAUACUAUAAGAUACAUAAUAGCUAAUGUUUGAGUAAUAUAAUUUAUAUUAAAAACCAUUAAUCUUUAAAAUACCUAUAUGUGAUAAUAAAAAGAUUUUGGCAUCUUUUCCAAAAGUAUUUAAAAUUUAUCAUAUACUAGAUUUAUCAUAUACUAGAUCUGUGACAACUGUGUAAAUCAUUCAUCACCUUUGGGCCUCUGUUGCCUUACUUAACCCAUAUGUCUCAUUGUCCCCAAUACAGGACACCUAUAAAAACCUGUAGAAUUAUUCAAUUUAAGUUUUUAUAGAUGUCCUCUACAUAGGACAAGGAGACAGUGGGUUAAAAUAAUUGUAACUUGUUCAGCCUACCUCACAGGGCUGUUGUGAGGAAUAAAAUGGAAUAUGUGAAAUUGCUUCAACAACAGUAAAGUGCUAUGUAAACAUGUGGAUUUAAGUGUUUGGAUACUUCUAAAUGCCAAUUACUUUUAUAUAAAGCAUGUUCUUAAAGUGGUAUCAUCAGUGAUUUUAAAUGUGAUUUUAAAAAUAAAACCUUUUAUCAAUAUGUCAUGUAAUAUUAAUUUGUGUAUGACAUGUGACCUUUUAAUUUUUCCUCAUCUAUUUCAAGACUUUCUAGAAUAGUAAAAGUUCUCCCAUGGCAUUAGUAUGUCAGUGUAGAACAGUAGCAUAAAGAAACAAAUUAAGCAAGCUACUACUUUUCCAUCCAGGUAUUUGAACUUUCAACUUAGGACUACUCCAUGCCAUCUACAAAAAGUGAAUUUGGCCUGAAUAAUUUUUUUCCCAUACAACCAAAUGGGUCUUCAGCAGUUUGUGUGCCCAGUGAAUAUUUGACAACUUUGUUGCAUUUUCCUUUUUUAAAAAACAAGAUGCAUUUCAAAACCUUGUUAGUUAACUUGGAUAUCAUUUAUUAUCUCUCCUGACAUACUUAUUUUGCUUUAAAUUGGAUUUAUUAAUGGAGAUGUUUUACAAGUUAUCUUCAUCUACAGAUUUUGGUAUGUCUAUUAUCUGGACAUGGUUUUGCUAUGCAAUUAUGAUAAUAAAAAUUCUUGUUCCUUAGGUUUAACCUUUAAGUUAUGGAUGAAGACCAUUAAUAAACUAUAUACAAUACUCAGUGCUGCAACAGUGUUUUAAUAAACAUAUUGCCUCAUUUUCCUUAGAAACAACACAAAACCUUUUAAAAAAUGGUUAAAUUUAAAACAGGUUGUUCCAAGUCACAAACUUGUAUGUUUAAGUAAUAGUAUGUUCUGUAUAGAAUGUCCUAGUUAAGUUUUCACAAAAGUACCUGGAACGUCUCAUCUAAAAAUUAAACUUUUUUCUCUUUC